AUGGUGGAAAUGAAACCAGAAUAUUUUGCAGAUGCUGAUUAUACUGUUCAAGCAGUAUUUAUGGUAUUUGGAGUGAUUAGAGUAUUGGUUUACUUUUAUUAUGCCAUUCUUUGUAUGGCACAAGUAUAUCAUGAAGCAGUAAAAAUAUUUAUAGAAAAAAAGAGAAAAGGAACGUCGAGAACGAUGACUAGAAGAAUCAUCUACAUCUUCCUCUCGUUAUUCCUUUUACUCAGAACAGCAUCAUUUGCCAUUAAAUUGGCCAAGACCACUAAUAUGGAUAUUAGUGCCAAUCAUGCGGUCCAUAUAGCAUACGAUGUUCUCAUUGUCGUUGGUACAUGGGCUAUCAUCAUUGUGUGGUUUGAAAUUGGGUGGUUCUGGGUACUCACAUUCUACCUCUUUUACGGUCGUUCCGGAGAGAUGACUAUUAUGGACCCAACCGCCAAAGAUAGAGUCAACCGGUUCCUAGUGGUUGGAACUAUAGUCAUGACCAUCACCUACAUCUCUAUCGCCAUCGGGUUGGCUGCAUCCUACCAGAACAAAACAACUAUUAUGACAGUCUAUAUAGUUGCAUUUUUACUCACAGUCAUAGUGGCCGGUGGAUUCUUCUUUUACCAUGGAUACGUUCUUGCUCGUGCACUCAAGAAUGAUAUGAAAAAGACAAUUGUGUGUUCUGGAAACAACAAGAAUGCAGCCGUCGCUCUAUCUAUCACCAAGACGACCAACCUUGUUAAAUGUCUAGGUGUCAUUAUCAUCGUUAGUAUCAUUCGAUCGAUUAUCUUUGAUAGUGGUGUAGUGAUCAAGUCUGGAUCAUUUGCUGCCGAAUCACUUGGUGACUUCUUUGCUAUUCUAUUAGAGAUUGGCCAAUGCACCAUUGUCAUGAUUACCAUUAGUUCCAGUUUCCUGCCACUCCUCAGAAUGGCCAAGAUCCAAUCGAUGCAUUCCAAGACACAAGACACCUCAGACAUCUCAUUACCAGAAUCCAAAGCAGUUGGAGCAGACUCUGCAGAAUCUACCAAUAGACAAUCUGAUCAAAUCGAUAAUGGUUAUAGUUAUGACAACACCAAACAAGAUACACCUCCACAUGUAAAUUUAAAUAUUAAAAAUGAAAAUAGUAGUAAUUCAAAUAGUCCCGAUAGUACAUCUGAAAAUAGUAAUAAUAAUAAUGGUGGUGGUGGUAUUCAAAUUGGAUCCUCUUCAGUUUAA